GGCGGAAGGGGGCGCGGCCGGGACAUCCCCGCCCCGCCCGGGACUUGGGCAAACGCGGGCGGCGGCUGCACAAGACAGACACGCACAGACAGCGGCGAGAGCACAGCGGACCACUUGGCAGGCGCCGCGGGUUGGAAGACUCGCUUUGACCGCUACCGCGGAGCUGUAUUUCCAAAGGAUCGAGAAAAACACACCAGGAACCGAAAAUGCCGAAACCAAUCAAUGUACGCGUUACCACCAUGGAUGCAGAGCUGGAGUUUGCUAUCCAGCCAAAUACUACUGGAAAACAGCUUUUUGAUCAGGUGGUUAAGACCAUUGGCCUUCGGGAAGUGUGGUACUUUGGACUCCAGUAUGUGGAUAAUAAAGGAUUUCCUACCUGGCUGAAACUUGAUAAAAAGGUGUCUGCCCAGGAGGUCAGAAAGGAGAACCCCCUUCAGUUCAAGUUCCGGUCUAAGUUCUACCCUGAAGAUGUGUCUGAGGAGCUCAUCCAAGACAUCACACAGAAGCUUUUCUUCCUCCAAGUGAAGGAAGGAAUUCUCAGUGAUGAGAUUUACUGUCCCCCUGAGACUGCAGUGCUCCUCGGGUCCUAUGCUGUGCAGGCCAAGUUUGGCGACUAUAACAAAGAAAUGCACAAGUCUGGGUACCUCAGCUCUGAGCGCUUGAUUCCUCAAAGGGUGAUGGACCAGCACAAGCUCACCAGAGACCAGUGGGAGGACCGGAUCCAGGUGUGGCACGCUGAGCACCGCGGGAUGCUCAAAGAUAAUGCUAUGUUGGAGUAUCUGAAGAUUGCACAGGACCUGGAAAUGUAUGGAAUCAACUAUUUUGAGAUAAAAAAUAAGAAAGGAACAGACCUUUGGCUUGGAGUUGAUGCUCUUGGGCUUAAUAUUUAUGAGAAAGAUGAUAAGUUGACUCCAAAGAUUGGCUUCCCUUGGAGUGAAAUCAGAAACAUCUCCUUCAAUGACAAAAAGUUUGUCAUUAAGCCCAUCGACAAGAAGGCACCUGACUUUGUGUUCUAUGCCCCCCGCCUGAGAAUCAACAAGCGGAUCCUGCAGCUGUGCAUGGGGAACCAUGAGCUGUACAUGCGCCGCCGGAAGCCAGACACCAUCGAGGUGCAGCAGAUGAAGGCCCAGGCCCGGGAGGAGAAGCACCAGAAACAGCUGGAGCGGCAGCAGCUGGAAACUGAAAAGAAAAGGAGAGAAACUGUUGAGAGGGAAAAGGAGCAGAUGAUGCGAGAGAAGGAAGAGCUGAUGCUAAGACUUCAGGAUUAUGAAGAAAAAACUAAGAAAGCAGAGAAAGAACUCUCCGAUCAGAUUCAGAGAGCCCUGCAGCUGGAGGAGGAGAGGAAGCGUGCCCAGGAGGAGGCUGAGCGCUUGGAAGCUGACCGUGUGGCCGCACUGCGAGCCAAGGAGGAGCUGGAGAAACAGGCUGUAGAUCAGAUAAAGAGCCAGGAGCAGCUGGCUGCGGAACUUGCAGAGUACACGGCCAAGAUUGCUCUUUUGGAAGAGGCUAGGAGGCGCAAGGAGGAUGAGGUUGAAGAGUGGCAGCACAGGGCCAAAGAAGCCCAGGAUGACCUGGUGAAGACCAAGGAGGAGCUGCACCUGGUGAUGACUGCGCCGCCACCCCCACCACCACCCGUGUACGAGUCUGUGAAUCUGCAUGUGCAGGAGAGCCCACAGGAGGAAGGGCCAGAGUACACAGGCUACAGCGCUGAGCUCUCCAGUGAGGGCAUCCUGGAUGACCGCAAUGAGGAGAAGCGAAUCACCGAGGCCGAGAAGAAUGAACGCGUGCAGCGGCAGCUGCUGACCCUGACCAACGAGCUGUCCCAGGCCAGAGACGAGAACAAGAGGACCCACAAUGAUAUCAUCCACAAUGAAAACAUGAGACAAGGCCGCGACAAGUACAAGACGCUGAGGCAGAUCCGGCAGGGCAACACAAAGCAGAGAAUCGACGAGUUUGAAGCUAUGUAAAGGCUGUGUGGCUGGGAGGCAGGACUGCAGGAGGCAGGCCUUAGCAUGAUGACAUUCUGGCCACCAUGGUCAAGUGCUUCAAGUAUGUAUUUUUUUUUUUUUAGUAGAUGAGUAGAAACCCCCUCAUCAUGUUCCAGUUUCUUUAAAAAGAGAGUAGAUAUUGCAGUGGAAUGUUCUGGGGUUGGGGGCUGGUAGAAGCUCCCCUGGUUUAUUUUCCCCAAUUGUAUCAUAGUGCCAAACAGGCCUGAUUUUUAUUAUUUUUUUUGAAUCAUUUCCUGAUAUAUGCUUGGAGCAGGACUGAUUUGAAUUAAGGAAAGAUGCCUGUAAAGUCUGAGUAACAAACUUUAUGCUGGCACGUGCGAUACAAGAUUGAGUAUAAUUAAAGAAAAGCACAUGGUGGCUUAUAUUCUGUGCCAUAUUCUUUAUAUUUGCAAUUAGCUCAAAUUGAUUUCCUGAUUUCUAUGAAGGAUCCAUCUUUGUAUAUUUGUUUUUUUGAGGGGUGAAAGCUAUUUUGAAAAUUAGCUCUAAAACAUUCUUAUACACACUGAUUUCCUUCCUCCAGUCAUUCACUAGUUCAGUUUAACCCCCCCCCCCCCCCAGUGAUCAUUCAGGAUAAACAGUAGAGGAAGAUGCUCCUGGACGAGGUUUUUUUUGGCUUAACACUUAGAGGAUGACAUUGUCAGACUCCACCUAAUUCAUGAUCAGCUGUGGGGUAUAGUAUUUAUAUAUAUGAUAAUAUGGGUUUGUAACAUUAGUUUAAAAAAGGGAAAGUUUUGUUCUGUAUAUUUUGUUACCUUUUACAGAAUAAAAGAAUUACAUAUGUAAAUCAUGGCAAUUUGGUGAAAUAUGAUGGCAAUAAUGAAGCUGAUUGACUGCUGUAAUCA